AUUCACUGUGUUUGUUGUGAAGACACGCUUUCAGUGAAUGACAACUCAAUCAAGACUUCAAUUGAAUUCAAUUAUCACUUAAUCGGUUCCCAAAUGUCUGGCAAAUCAUAUAACCGUCCGCUGGAACACAAUGAGUAUCUGAAACUCAAGUAUUUGACACCAAAUGAUGGCAAAGACGAUAAGAAAAAGAGGAUUAAAAUAAAGAAAUCGCUUAAACCUAAGAAUAAGAAAAUCCGCAUCUUUGACGACGACAUAGACCUCAAGCACAUCGACGCCAACGCCAGCGAUGAAGACCUGUAUUUUGGGACCAACGAAGAGAAACCCAUUAUAGCAGAAGUGGUCGACGAAAGACCUCUUCAUAUGAGACGCAAAGACAUCGACAGAAACCGAUGGAAAGCCAUUGAUUCCAAUGUUGAUGAGACGGACAAGAGAUCUAAUGAGAGAUUAAGACAUGAUUCAGACAGUGAUUUGUCUCCCGUUCGCACAAAAGACACCAAAAAACGGGACUCAAGUGUAGGCUCAAGACAUAGAGAUAAUAAGAAAGACAGAGAUUUAUCUCCAAAACGGAGGCGACACGACUCUGACAGUGAUUUAUCACCCGUUAGAUCAGUUGAGACCACAAAACGUAGUAUUAGUCAUAAGGACAACGAUUUAUCUCCAAAACGUAGACGUGAUUCAGACAGUGAUCUCUCGCCACAAAGAGAGACAAAUGGGAGACACAAGCCUUUGUCAAGGCAUCGCUCCAAAGACAUAUCGCCUCCAAGACAGAGAUUGUCAAAAGGUUUAGAUAAUAAGACAUCUGAGAGCCGACACAACUCUGACAGUGACUUAUCUCCACCGAGAGGUCAAAGCGAUGACAAAAAGCCUAAAAAGCGUGAACUGACUCUCGGCGGCAAAAAGGCUGGCCUUUCAGAUGGAAAGUNGUUCUUACGCGAAGAACUGAUGGCCACUAAACGGAAGGAACAAAAACUAUUUGAGUCGAUAAGCGAUGAAAUGUUGGGCAAAAACGCCAAAACCGUUUUCAGAGAUUCAAAAUCUGGACGAAUCCGAAACCUCGAAGAAGAGGCCAAACUUGAGUUCGAGAAGAAUUUAAUUAAAGAUGAAAUUGAAGCCAAAAAGAAAGCCAAAUACGAGAAGUGGUCUAAAGGUGUGGUUCAGACACAACAGCGACAAGAGAAGAGAGAGUCGGAUCUGCACGAGAUGUCCAAACCGUUGGCCCGCUAUGAGGGGGACGUCGACUUGGAUAAGAUGUUACGGGAGAAGGAGCGCGAAGACGACCCGAUGGCGGCUAUGAUCCGCAAGAAUAAAGACGAAGAGAAACUGAUUGACGGAACCGUUAAAGUGAAGCCCAAAUACAAAGGGCCGGCGCCUCCACUCAAUCGCUUCAAUAUAUACCCCGGCUAUCGAUGGGAUGGCGUCGACCGCUCCAACGGCUUCGAGAAGAAGCAUUUCGACCGAAUCGCUAACAAGGAGUCCACUCUUGAGGAGGCGUAUCGGUGGUCCACUCAAGACAUGUGA